UGUCAUGCACACUUCCUAGUAUAGAACCAAUAGUAUUGCAAACAGAAGGUCACAUGUUGGACUGCUGCUCUGCGUUUGUGUCUGACUUGAACAGAGAACAGAGGCAGCAGUGAAAGGUGCACUAUGGGUCGCCUCAAUGGGAAAGUGAUUGUGUUGUCAGCUGCCGCUCAGGGGAUUGGACGUGCUGCAGCAAUAGCAUUUGCAAAGGAGGGCGCUCUAGUCACAGCAACGGACAUCAAUGGAGAGAAGCUGAAAGAGCUGGACGGCAUUCCUGGGAUAAAGACCAAGAUCGUGGAUGUAACUAAGAAAGACCAAGUCGAAGCCCUGGCCAAGGAGCAUGACCACGUAGAUGUGCUGUUCAAUGUUGCUGGGUUUGUGCACCACGGCUCCAUCUUGGACUGCGAAGAGGCCGACUGGGACUUCACCAUGAACGUGAAUGUCCGGAGCAUGUACCUCAUGAGCAAGGCUUUCCUACCUAAGAUGUUGGCAAAGAAGUCAGGAAACAUUAUUAACAUGGCAUCUGUUGCAUCAAGCAUAAAAGGUGUUGUGAACCGGUGUGUCUAUAGUACCUCCAAGGCUGCAGUCAUUGGGCUCACGAAAUCUAUAGCGGCUGAUUUCAUUGAUCAAGGCAUUCGCUGUAAUUGUGUUUGUCCUGGUACUGUUGAUACUCCAUCACUAAGGGGUAGGAUCCAGGCCCAACCUGACCCAGAACAGUCUUACAAGGAUUUCAUGGCAAGACAGAAAACUGGCAGAAUGUGCACAGCUGAAGAGGUAGCAUACCUGUGCGUGUACCUGGCCUCAGAUGAGUCUGCCUAUGUGACUGGGACAGAGCAAAUCAUCGAUGGAGGAUGGAGACUCUGAGGAAACUGCUCAUUAUGACUAUUUGAAGCCCAAAUAAAUCACACUUGCUUAUUCUUUUGAUUUGCGUAUUAUUGUUUACUGAUUUUGUGGGAGACAUUGCCCAUUUUCUAACUUGAAUCUAUGCUGCAAAUGUGUGCAAUGUCAAAAUAUUAAUAUGUUGACUGGCAUUGUAAUAAAUGGACUUUAUCACAGC